CUUCCAUCAUUCCUAGCCUUCUUAAAGCAAGUCGCAAUCUUCUCGACAAAGAGUUAGGGAAGAUGAUACAUUGUAUGGUGGUCAAGUGCUCGUACGAGUCUGAUGGUUUUGUAGUUAGCUCUCUUAUUGAUAUAUAUUGAAAGUUUGGGGAGUUAGAGGAUGCGAGGAAGGUGUUUAGCGAUUUGGCUGAACAAGAUUAGGUGGAGCUCAAUGCUAUGAUCUCUGGUUACGCUAACAAAUAGCCAAGAAGAUGAAGCAAUGAGAUUGGUGAAGGUAUGAAGCUAGUGGGGGAUAUUAUCACUUGGAAUGCUCUGGUUUCAGGAUUUUUGCAUAUGGGAAAUGAAGAAAAAGUGUCUGAGAUUCUUAAGAUGAUGUGCUUGGAUGUUCACAAGCCUGAUGUUGUGUCUUGGACUUCUGUUAUAUCAGGACUUGUGCAUAACUUUGAGAAUGAGAAGGCUUUUGAUGCUUUUAAACAGAUGUUAAGUCAUGGUUGUGUGGAGCACGGGAAGGAGAUUCAAGGCUACUCGGUUGUCACUGGACUAGAAGAUCACGGUUUUGUUAGAUCCUUCUGGAAAUAGAUAAAUAAUCAGUCAUUUAUUUUCGUGUUUAUCUUUUGGCAAAAACAAAAGAAUAGCCACCGGUCACAACAAGACAAAGCAAGCCUUAAAUAUAUUUCCAUCCGUCUCCCUGAGCUUCCAUGUCCACACUGAAGAAAGAAUGGAUGAAAAACAAGUGAAGAGAAAGAUAGUGUUGGUUCCAGUACCAGCACAAGGGCAUGUCACUCCUAUUAUGCAACUUGGAAAAGCUCUUCACUCUAAAGGCUUCUCCAUCACUGUUAUUCAGACACAGUAUAACCGAGUUAGCUCUUCCAAAGACUUCUCUGAUUUUCAGUUUCUCACCAUCCCAGGUACUUUAACUGAUUCUGAUCUUAAAAGCCUCGGAGCACUCCAGUUUCUGAUGAAGCUCAAUCAAAUCUGCGAGGAAACCUUCAAGCACUGUUUUGGUCAACUAUUGCAAGAACAAGGCAGCCGUGAUGAUAUCGCUUGUGUCAUCUACGAUGAGUACAUGUACUUCUCUGCAGCUGCACCUAAGGAGUUUCAACUUCCCAGUGUUAUCUUCAGUACUACAAGUGCUACUGCCUUUGUCUGUCGCUCUGUUUUGGCCAAAGUCAACGCAGACAAGUUCUUGAUCGACAUGAAAGAUCCUCAAGUGCGAGACAGUUUGUUUCCAGGGUUGGAUCCUCUAAGGUACAAGGACCUACCAACGUCAGCAUUUGGGACACUAGAGGAUAUCAUCAAGCUCUACAGUGAAGCUGUUAACACUCGAACAGCUUCGGCUGUUAUCAUCAACUCAGCUAGCUAUCUAGAGAGCUCGUCUUUGUCACGGCUGCAACGAGAACUACAAGUACCGGUUUUUCCUAUAGGCCCCCUUCACCUUGCAGCUUGUGCGCCUUCUAGUUUACUAGAAGAAGACAGAAGCUGCAUUGAGUGGUUGAACAAGCAGAAACCAAAGACAGUGAUUUACAUAAGCUUGGGAAGCAUAUGUCUAAUGGAAAGCAGAGACAUUUUGGAGAUGGCUAGGGGGUUGAGUAAUAGCAACCAACCUUUCCUAUGGGUGAUCCGACCCGGUUCCAUUCCUGCCUCGGAGUGGACAGAGUCCUUACCGGAGGAGUUCAGUAAGCUGGUUUCGGAGAGAGGUUACAUUGUGAAAUGGGCCCCGCAGAUGGAAGUUCUAAGACAUCCUGCAGUAGGAGGGUUCUGGAGUCACUGUGGAUGGAACUCAACGCUAGAGAGCAUUGGGGAAGGUGUUCCAAUGAUCUGCAGACCCAUUACUGGAGAUCAGAAAGUCAAUGCGAGGUACUUAGAGAGUGUUUGGAGAGUUGGGGUCCAGUUGGAAGGAGAGAUGGAGAAAGAAACCGUGGAGAGAGUUGUGAAGAGGUUGGUUGUGGAUGAAGAAGGAGCAGAUAUGAGGAAGAGAGCUAUCGACUUGAAAGAAAAGCUUGAAGCAUCUGUCAGAAGUGGAGGCUCCUCAUGCAGCUCACUAGAUGACUUUGUCAACUCUUUGCAAACGAAGAACUUCAUGCAUCAAUGACAUGGUCCCUGUUCAAAAGUCAAAGGGUUUGGAUACUUUAAAUCAUGGAUUGGAAAAUCAAGCUGGUUAGUCGAAGUUGCAACUUAAAGAUUUUGAUCUCGUCUUCUUCUUAUGGUCUGCAGUUUGCCUAUAGAAAAGUUGGAUAAUACUUGGAGGCAAUUGGUACAUGUGUUGGCCAAACAUUAAACAUCUUAUUGUUUAGCCUUGUGGCUCUGAUCAAAAUAAACAUGUAUCAAACAUUCGUUUUCAGUUUUGCUGCAAACAAAUGAGAGAAAGCACAGACAAAAGUUAGUUGAGCAACUUCAA